AUGAGACUUUCGGGAGUUCUGAUCUGGUUUUCCAAAAAUCUCCUCAAAAACCAAUUUGACAAUUUUUUCCGAAACACGGGCACAGGUCUCUAGUUUCUAAAACUGAAAAUCGCACCUCUCCAUCUAUUACCUAUCAAAAGUUAUUCAAAAAGCAAACGAUGCUAUUGUAUUUUGGAACGGAUAGUAGAUUAUGUACUCAAAUGAUCAAUAUAUAUAUAUUUUAUCGGUUUUAUUGUAGAAAACUCAUGUUUUCUUCCUAUAUUCUUUCCAAUAUAUCAGUUUUCUUAAAAAUCUGAGUUUUUCUAUUCAUUAGAAAAAUCCAAUAUCUUCGGAAAAAGCACUGCAAAGUUUUUAAGCUACUGGUGGUGUAUUUUCAAGACUUGUUGCCAGUGUGUUUAUCCUGAGUUCUUUCGUUAAAAGAAAAGUCUCAUGAUUUGUAGAGUCCAUAUUUGCACGGUGUAAUGGAAGCCGUCAAAAAUGAUUGAAUACGAAGAACGUAGACAUCGAGUAUAUUCUACGCAUAUGGGUAAAACGUAUGGUCAUUCUCCCGUUUGUGGAAAAACUGUCAGAAAAAUAUAUUUUGUUGUUUUUUUGAUGUUCACUGUGGAUUCUACUAGUCGACCUUUAUAGAAGACUAAUUCUUUCUACUGUCGCUUUUAUUCUUCUUAAAAAACUAGUUUCUUACACACUUUUCCGUGCAUCUCGAUGAGAGUGAACUAAAGGGAUCAGUUCUGAAGCGAACUGAAAAUCUGAUGGCAAAACGUCUAUUGCUAGCAAAAAUGAAUAAAUUGUGAGUGGUACAUCGCGUUUCAUAAGAUAUAGAAUACAUAGAACAAAAAGUUGCUCUCAAACUUAUGUACCUUACCGUUCCUGAGGAAAACAUGCGUUAUUGGGAAAGUGUCCUGUCACCUAUUCUAUUCAUUCUGCUAUAACCUUAAGCGGGCGAUAUUUUCAUCAAAAACUGAAGGAAUGCAAAUUUAUCGUGCACCGUUUGACUCGUCUUCGGAAGACGGAUAAAACGGACCGUAUUCGAAGUCGUUAAAAAGAGUUUUAACGGUUGUCUAAGUCGUAAAAUGAUGUUUGAUCAGUUCAGAACUGAUUCCAUUAGAUCAGUCUCAUAGAGAUGUACCAAACAGUGUGUAAGAAACGUUUUUCUGAAAGACUGUAAGUCUUACAUUACAUUAGUCUCGAGGAUUUUGGGAUUUUUCCUGUCAUAACCUUGUUUACCAUAAUCCCGUUUUGCAAAGAUCCUUCAAAAACCCUACUUCCUAUUUAUGAGGAAACGAUUUGGACUGUUCAAGAUCAAAACUCUUCAAAAGUCGGCAGAGAGUACUUUUUUCUCGAGCACUCAAUAGUGGCAUCAGUACGUUAGAGAAAAAUUCAUUUAAACUUUACUUUAUCCACGAAGGGUCGAUUAGUAGUUCAUAAAAUAACACAUAUCUGACAUUAAUUUUUCAUAGGAUAUUUGAUGCAUUUAUUUUUAUUUGAUAAGUAUUCCAGUUUAGAGCAGGUUUUGUGAAACACGAAGCCAUAGACCAAAAAUGGAGUUAUAAAAUCAAAAUAUAACACGCAAAAACAAUCUCGUACUACUUAUGUCAUAUUCGGACAAUUGUAGUUCUACUCAUUAACUUCUAUUGAUGACACAUUUUGAAUGAAUGGGAAAUUUGUUUCUAACCUUUUCAUCAGUGUGAACUAUUAAUUAGUUUAUUUUUAUUCUGUUAGAUUGUAAAUAUGGUACACUAGAUGGCUCUAGUAAUUUGAACUCCAAUAUUUACAAUUUAAUUGUGUUUAAUGCCGAUGAUCAAAUACACCAUAAUGGAAUUAUUGAUUCAAUUUCAAUUAAUUUUCAUAGUCAACCAUAUAGUUUAAAUCGAAAAAUAAUUCUUUAUAAAAUUUGUCGAUCACGUACGAAUUUCGAAUUUUUUGAAAUUGAAGGUACAUAUGAAAUAGGUUCUCAGUUAAUUAAGACAAUGACUGGUGUACAAGAUAUCGAGAAUAUUAAUUGGCCAAUAGAAAGAGAUAGGUAUCUUGGUAUUCAUUUUGCUCCUGGCAGCGGUUAUCCAUUUAGUGUAGCACGUAAUCAGUAUUACACCCAAUUUGCUGAUAACUUUUCGCACAAUACACCAACCGAAUUUAAACAUUGUCCAAAUGGUAUAGCAUUUAGGUUCAACGUACUGCAGGAUGAAUAUACUGUUCAAGACUUUAUGGCAUUUUUUAUGCGACCGACAUCUCAACAUACUUCAGAAGGCGAUGAAUUAAAUGAUUUUGAACAGCGAGAUAAUAUGUUACGUGAAAGAAGUAUUGCUCAAGAUAUUCGCAAAAAAAUAAUAGAUAACAUUAAAACCAGAGAAGCAAGUGAUGUAUUAAUGGAAGAUUAUGAUGAGACUUUGAAAUGA